GUCCUUCCAGCACCAUUGAUACCCUCCGCUGCCACUUUCCGCGCGCGACCAAUACUCGGCUUGACGAAGCUCCGCAGCAUGUCUGACCACACGAUGCGAGGCCUGACCAUUGCCGAGGAGGCCGGCAAAAUCGACGUGCGCAAUGACCUUUUAACGCCAAAGCCGGGGCCUGGUCAGUUGCGAGUCGCAAUCGAGUUCGCUGCGCAGAAUCCGCCAGAUGCGUACGCGCUUGUCCCCGAGCAGUCCAAAGAUUACCGCAGCAGAGAUCAUGUCCUCGGCAGCGACUUUGCAGGAACAAUCGUGGAGAGCAACGCGGCUUUGCCUGGCGCUGCAAUCGGAUCGAGAGUGUGCGGCUGGGUGCCGGGAGAUACGACGACUACAGGCACAUUCGCAGAGUACACGGUCUGCGAUGCUGCAUUGACCGUCAAACCGCCAGACCACUUGCCGCUGGACCAGCUCGCGGCAUUUUCAUUUUCCUUUUUCACGGCUCUGCACGCACUGGGAAGCCAAGCAGGGCUUCAGCUCGACCUCGAACGUCUCGGUGAGGAACAUGCUCGUGCGGAGCAGUCGCCCAUUCUGGUGUGGGGCGCGGGAACUGCGUGCGGACAGUACGCCAUCCAGAUCCUUCGCGUGGCAGGCUACCAGAGCAUCGCUAUUGCGGGCAGCAAGUCGCUCGACUCUCUCCGACGUCUGGGCGCGACGUACGCAUUUGGCAGAGAGGAUGAAGCUUCGACCGUGCAACAGAUACGCGCGCAGUGGCCACACCUAGAAAAAGCGUUGGAUUGCCACGCUUCGCCAGAGACGGUGGACGCGUGCUUGCGCUGCUUUGCAGCCGAUCAGAAGGGAGAGCGGCAAGUACACAAGUUGCUGCCGAGCCUGCCGUCCGGGCAUGGACGCGGCGAUGUGCGACAGACAUUUGCGCUGAUUCACGCCUUGCUGGGAAGACCGGUUCCACUGCUAGCCAUGCUGGGUGACGAGUACCCGAGUGCAGACGUCUUUGCCAGCGAUCGUCGCUUGGCAGAACGAUGGGCUUCGUACGACCAAGGCCAUCUGCAUCGUCUGCUCUCGAGCGGCAAGAUCAUCGUCUUGCCAGCCAAGACGUGGCCGCUGGAUGGCAAGACGGGUGAGCAGGGCUUGGCGGGGGCGAAAGAAGCGCUGCUGAGCAUGUACGCUGGUCACACGCCCAGCGGUAAAGUCGUGCAUCGACUUGGUGAUGCCUAGAGCGACGUCUUAGGGAUGCUGUAAUGUUGCAGCUGCGAGCAUAGUCCCCAUUCGACUCACCGCUCAGAGCGAUGCGAUGUAGAUGCGUUGUGCAAUCACGAAUGUCCACCAUUCAACCCUCGAGCACCUGGGUGUGAAGACGUGGUGCGCGCGGACGCCGUGGUGCGGCGUUGGUCAUUGUGGGCGUGGGUAAUGGCAAUCGUCAAG